AACCAAUAAUUCAUCCCUACCAUCGCCACUUCACAAGAUUUUAGGGGCACCAACGGCGAGGCACCAACGGCGAGAAUGGCCCCUUCCUACCCGCCAUGCUCCUCGCCCACAUCGGACGCUCUUUAGCCACUUCCCCCUCUCUUCCUCUCCCUUUCCUCCUCUUCUCGUUAUCAUCGUCGGGCGGUUAUGGCGGCGAAUUUCUCUGGCGGCGGCGGGGGGAGGGCGAUGCUGAAGGGCUUGGUGUUCGACAUGGACGGGACGCUGACGGUGCCGGUGAUUGACUUCGCGGCCAUGUACAGGGCGGUGCUCGGGGACGAGGGCUUGGCCGCCGCCCGCGCGGCCAGCCCCUCGGGCAGCGUCGACAUCCUCCACCACAUCGACACGUGGGCCCCACCGGAGCAGCAGAAAGCCUACGAGAUCAUCACCCAUUUCGAGCGCCAGGGCCUGGAUCGCCUCCAGAUUAUGCCUGGUCGGUUGGUGGUUUGUGGGAAGAGGGCUGGAGCCUUUACAUGUUUGCUUGAUGAAACAGGGAGAUAUUGCUUUCCUGAAUUUCUCGCUGAUGAUCAAAAACCUGAUUUCAGGGUGUCUUCUCUAAUUGAAGUGCACUCUCUUUUGGAGACCCAUUUUGAUUUGGUCCCACAAUCUCUAACUUGCUAA